CGACGUAAUAGCGUUGCUUAAUACUUACAUGCCGUCUUUUCUUUGCACUUUAGGCACAAUGUUCUAAACGCGUACGUUAACAACUUUUUAUUUAGCUGUUACAACUAAGAAAGUUUAACAUCUACUUACUGAAACAAUACAUCUCUAGCAAUGGUUUUUGAAAUUGUAAUUCCAAUUUUUUUGUUAGCAUCCUUUAUUGUAAUAAUUUUUUGGUUUCUUGCACCAAGUUCUGGCCUUAAAAAAAAAGUUCGAGAAGCACCAGACAAUGAGGAUUUGUAUACCAAAAAGCGCUUCAUUCCUUCUAAAGUCCCUAACAACAUUGAUGCUAUCGUUAUUGGUUCUGGUAUGGGAGGUGGAACAGUAGGCUCUUUGUUAAGUAAACAAGGCCUGAAAGUUGUUGUGUUAGAACAUCAUGAUAAACUUGGUGGCUGUACUCAUACCUUUUCAUGGUCUAAUCAAAAUAUUGAUGGCGAAGGACAUACCACAUGUGAAUUUGACACAGGUUGCCAUUACACUGCUGUUGAUAUGUCUUUUGAAACAGCAAGAUCGGGUGCAAUAAUGAAGUAUGUUACAGAUGGUAAUGGCCAGUGGAAUAAUCUUGGUGACCCAUAUGAUCGUGUUGUUUUUCCUUAUGAUCAGGAUGUUGACAAGGAUUGCCCAAACAAUGAUUUCUACAAUUUUCUGUGUGGCAAAAACCGUCUAGUCUCUGAACUAACAAAACAAAUAAAUCCCUCAGAGCCUCUGCUUCCAGUUCGCAUAAAUAAAUUUAUUGAGUUUUGCAGCAAAGCUCGUUCAUCAAUUUUGCCUAUGUUUUUUGUAAGAAUGUGUCCAAGAUGGCUGGAGUUUUUUUUUAAAUUUCUCACUAAUAAAUAUUAUAUGUAUGGCAAACUAUCUACAGGUUAUUGUUUAAGUGCAAUUUUAGAACACGGAUUCACAGAAAAUGAAGUACUUGCACAGAAACCAUUACCCAAAUCAUCAGAAUUAAGUAGUUUGAAAAACACAUGGAGGCGAUUAAAAGGUGUCUUGGUCCAUCCACUAGGAGAUUAUGCUUGUCAACCUCGUGAGUCCACUAUUAUUGCUCAUGCUCUCACUGCAUGUUACUAUAUGAAUGGAGCAGCAUACACUAAUGGUGCAACACAAAUGUUAUCCAAUGCUUGUGCAAAGGUCAUUUAUGAGCAUGGUGGGGAAUGUUUUGUCAAUGCCCAUGUGGAUGAAAUAAUUGUUGAAAACGGUGUUGCUGUUGGUGUACGUGUUUGUAAGUCUUCUUCUUUAGAAGCUUUGACACCAGGUGAUGAAAAACCUGAAAUGACUGAAAUUCGUGCACCUAUAAUUAUCAAUGCUACUGGAAUUCAUCGUUUGUAUAACAAGCUGCUUUCUCAAGACUUGCCAGUUGUUAAAGAGUUUCACAAAACUAACAAAACAAUCCCAUCAUAUGGACACAACUACUUAUUUGUUGCAAUUAAAGGAGAUGCUAAAGAAAUAGGCAUUCCUGUGACAAACACAUGGUAUUUUAAUGGUUAUGAAACCGAUGAGUGUUUUGAUAAGUAUUUUGAUAAUCCUACUGAGCAUAAACCUCCUACUUGUUACCUUGGAUUUCCAUGCACCAAGGACCCAACUUGGUCUAAACGUUUUCCAGGUAUAUCUAACUGUAUACUAAUAUCAGAUGCUAAAUAUGAGUGGUUUGAGAAAUGGGAAAAUUUCCGCACUCAUAAAAGAGGAGCAGAGUAUGAUCAGUAUAAAGAAAAGUUUGCUCAAAAACUUCUUGAUAUUCUUUAUAAAAAGGUCCCUCAAGUCAAGGGUAAAGUAUUAUGGUAUGAAUGUGGUACUCCAAUUUCUGAUUCUAAUUUUUUACAGUCUUAUAAGGGGGGAUCAUAUGGAACAAGGUGUAAUAUUAUGUUUGCUAACGAAGAGUCAUCAAGAUGGGUAAUGAGAGCUGAUACUGAAAUUAAAAAUCUUUACACUGCAGGUCAAGAUGCAUGGACACCAGCAGUUGCAGGGGCGAUGUAUGGUGGGCUUUUAGCUGCUAUCAAGGUUGUUGGCUUCUUCAGAGGUUUAGGAAUUUUGCUUGAAAUUUUACGGCAACAAGCUAAUGAUAUACAGAAGAAAACGUCAUUGACAUAUCCGGCUUCGAUAAUAAAAGCAAUAAAAAUAUUUUUAGGAGCAACUCCGGUUGAGUUUCAAUUUGGUAAUGAUGAAUGGUGUUAGAUCUGUUUUUCAUUUAAUGUUUUUUUUAUGUUAGCUUUACCUGAACUGCGUUUAAAGUUGUUAGUAGCGUUUAAAGUUGUUAGUAGAAAUCAAAUUUAAAAAUAGCAUUUUCCAACUUUUUAAAUUGAAUUUUCUUCUGUAACUCUUACGUAAAAUUUUUGUUCAAUAAAAAUUUAGGUUAUUUUUAAUAUAAAUUUUUUAUUCUAAUUUAAGUGGUUGCUUAUUUUGAAUAAUAUUUUAGGUGGUCGGAUUUUUUUAAGGGGAAGGUCAAUUUUCCUAUGGUUCUUUGUGACCCCUAAUUUUACAUUUUUAUAUUAGGUAGUGCAAACUUAUUAUUUUUUAGAUUGCAAAUAUAUAAAUUAUAGUUAGGAUAACUAAUUGUUUUGUAUGUAAAUUUUGCACGGUGAUUUUUUUUUCUUUUAUACGAGUAUUUAAUUAGAAAAUUGAAGACGUUUUUAUGGCGCGUUAGUAAUUAAAUAGUUUUUUACGCGAAAUUUAUGCAUUUUUACAUUUUCAAUAAGUUUUAUAAUAAAAAUUAUUUAUGACAAUGAUAAUACAAAACUAA